GGAGGAGAAAGUGAAAUGGGAGGAGAGCAGGAGAAACCUCCGCCUGGCCGGUGAGGGAGGGAGGGAUAUGAUUGUGCGUGUUCUGGACGAGAGAGGAGAGUGAUCGUAAUCAAGGCAAAAGUCCGGCUUGCAGCGGGAGCGCACUCCAAUCACGUGGGGUUUGGAUUUGUAUAGGAGAGAAAAAAGUAAAAGUGUCGACGAAGUGACUUCUGGUUGUACUUUGUAUUUUCUUUCCUCUCUGUGCCUUUCCACCUCCCCCUCCGCCCUGCAUUCCGCGGAGCAGCUGUGUUUUAAUGCCCCUGCGCACCCGUGGAGGAGAGGAAGGAGAGAAGAGUGAAGAAGAAGGGGCAGAAGAAGUAGUGAGAAGGCCUGGACACCACCCGUCCUCGCCCUCUGGAGGUCUGUCCACUCUCCCCUCCUGGCCCUGCAUGGACGGGGAUGGGGAGAGCCGGAUGCUGUUGCCGCGGGGCUGAGCGCCUCACCUCCCCGUCUAUGGUGCGCCGCUUCCGGCCGCUUCUACUGCUGAUCAUCGCUCUGUGCUGCGGUGCUCACAUAGGUCAGUGCCAGGUGGCCACACCUCAGUGUCGUAUCCAGAAGUGCACCACCGACUUUGUCUCCCUGACCUCCCACCUGAACCCUGUGGUGGAUGGCUUUCACACUGAAUUUUGCAAGGCUUUGCGUGCGUACUCGGCCUGCACUCAGAGGACAGCAAAGGCCUGCCGUGGAAACCUGGUCUUCCACUCGGCUGUUCUGGGCAUCUCAGACCUAAUGAGCCAGAGAAACUGCUCCAGAGAUGGCCCCACUUCUCCCACACACCCCGAGAUUCCCUUUGAGCCAUGCAACUAUCACAGCCGCACUCAGCACGCCCACACGCAAUCCCAUGCACACGCUCACUCACACUCACAUACUCACAGCCACAGCCACGGCCACUCUCGGGCUGGGUACCUGUUUUGUGGGCUCUUUGGUGACCCCCACCUGAGGACAUUCAAGGACAGCUUCCAGACUUGUAAAGUGGAGGGAGCAUGGCCUCUUAUUGAUAACGACUACCUUUCAGUGCAGGUCACUAAUGUUCCUGUGGUUCCUGGCUCCAGUGCAACAGCAACCAAUAAGAUCACCAUCAUCUUCAAACCCUACGAGGGCUGUACGGACCAGAGGGUCUACCAGGCCGUCACGGACAACCUUCCGGCUGCCUUUGAUGAUGGAACCGUGAGCAGUGGCGACCCCAUGCACAAUUCUGCUGGUGCAGACGGAGCAAGCAGGAAGGUCCGGGCUCUGUGGAUCUCCGAGCGCAGCCCAGGGCGCCACGUGGAGCUGCACGCUGGCUACAUCGGCGUGACUGUAAUUGUUCGCCAACUGGGGCGCUACUUGACCCUGGCAGUGCGGAUCCCAGAGGAGCUGGCUCAGGCCUACGAUGCCACCCAGGACCUGCAGCUCUGCCUGAACGGCUGCCCCAGCGCAGAGCGCAUCGACCAAGCGGGGCAUCUUCCCCUGCCCGUCUCCCCUCCUGCGCUUGGCCUGCAGCUUCAGCAGCUACGUCGGCCAAGCUACUCCUCACAGACACAAACAUCCGCCUACGGCUCCACGCAGGUCUUUGGUGUGGAGGGGGCGAGGGAGCGGUGCAGGGAGCAACUGGAGGUAGAGGACAUUUACUUCCACUCCUGUGUGUUUGACCUCCUGACCACCGGGGAUGCUAACUUCACAGUGGCAGCAUACAGUGCGCAGAAGGAUAUGGAGAGUCUCCAUCCACACCGGGACAGCUGGAGGAUCUACCCCCGCAGUUUUGCCACCUCCUCUUUACACUUUGAUUCUCAAAAUUUCAAACGGCUUGCCCUGCUCCUGCCAUGUUUUCUGAGCACUGUGUUGAUGUAAUAGCGGGAGUCUUUGUGUGUGCCUGCAUGUGUGUAGGUCUGGGUAUGUGUGUGCACUACAAAUAAAUGGUUUGGAAGUUUUUUGCUGAGCACUGAUACUUAACACUGGCACCUGUUUCUUGCAGUGAGGAACCAGCAGCCUGAACAGUUAUUAGGACUUUAAUGUUUUUUUAAAGGUGAAAGACCUCCCAGUGGACGCAGGACAUGCUGGUGUCACUAACUAUAAGAGAAUCAGCUCUCUGGAGGUAAAAAAUGCAAAAUAAAAUAAACAAGACGGCACGACGGCUUCUACAAUCUGUCUUCAGCUUUGGAUAGAACGCACCUGACAAUGACACAAAUGUCUCUGUGUGUUUAAAUUGACUGUAAAUAGUUCAUUUUGUCUUCAGUGCACAGUGUAAUGGAGUCAAGUUUGUUUUUGUGCCAUUUGAUGUGAUUUUUUUGAAUACCUCAGAUGAUGAGGUUUGUUUUAACAAAUGCACUUUAUUUUAAUUUUUUCCACAAAUCCACAUCAGUGUUUUUUUUUGUUUUCUUUCACUUCAUGUCCUCCAUUAAAACCAGCUCAAACUUUGGAGCUCUGUGAUUUGGUUUUGGAUCCUUUCACAGUAAAAGUAAGUAGAACAAUAGGAGAUGUCAUUUAUUUUUAAGUGCAACAAGUACUAGCUGAUUUGCUUCAGCAUUUUAUUUUAAGUAAUGUGAGCUGUUCUGUUGAAUGUAUUUUGAAACUCGUCACAGCAAAUGCCAUCAGUACUACUUUGUUUUUCUCAUGCCUGACUUUGACUGCUUGUGUGAGUCUGUGUGUUUGUGGGUGCUUCAGUGUUUUUCUUUUAAUGUGUCAAAGUGUUUUCAUUUCAGCUGAUUCGCGUUAGAAGAAGUCCCGCCUUUUUGCCAAGACGCUGUGACUUUACAGGCUCGUGUUUUUUACUCAGUCUACUUUUUUUUAUUAUUCGUAUAAUUUGAGCCAAAGACAGAUAUUUUUUUUCCUUUUUUUUGUUUCUUGUGCAGCGAAAAUCAAAACUCAACACCAAACCAGCACCCUCCACCCUCUCGGAGUCUUUUUCUCCCUAGUUUUUAAACUUACUACUGUAGAUUGGUUUUGUUGGAACUGACAAGCUGCUCCUUGUUGGGAUACAUGUAAAAUACUGGAGAGAAAACAGUGCAAAUUACUGAAGAAACCUUAUCACGCUAGGCUGUGUUUUCUGCAUCAGCGUUGUGUUUUAAGAAUUUGAUACCUGGUAGAGGUUUCUACCUUUAAAAAAAGCCUGUGAGCCUUUUGAACAUGUAACAUUCUUUGUAAUUACGCCAAGUUUGUUUGACGAUAUUGGUUCAUCUCAGUUUUUUGGGGUUUUUUUUGGCAUUGUGGUCUCUUACAACAUGUGUGAGUGAAGAGUGACUGAUCAAUGUUGAAAUACUUAACUUAUUUAUGAACGUAGUGCCCCGUAGAGGAAGUUAAGCUCCAUAUUCUUGCUGUUAAAUAAUAAUUUAAAAAAUGUCAGAUGUGAUUGUACUGCCACCUAGUGGUGAUCUGUUGAUAUGUCAGUGUGUUACUCAAGGCUCUCAAAAAAAGGAAAAAAAAAAGGAAA